AUGCAACCAGAGUUCUGCAUCACCCGCCCAAAUGGAGUUGUUACUGCACUAAUCGCCGUGGACGAAUUGCCUCCCUUCGUAACUAUUCGUGGCGUUCCUCGGUGUUUGAGCCAAAUCGACGACGACCAUGGAAUGAUCAACGUGGGGACUGUGGGCUCUCGUGGUCAAUUUUAUACCGUUGACGUUGCUGUCGAAUCUAGAGCUCAUCAUAUUAAUGGGACCCCGAAUGGGGAACCGGCUAUGACACCUCAAUCCUCUCUUACUAUCGAGGGACAUGGAGUCUUUCGUCAAUCAGGUGGUCUUGGUGCAGCGAUUUUGAACCCCAAUUCUGAGGGGCGCAACAUCAUGGCCUGGAGGAACGAGGUUAGCGAUAAUGCUGUUACCAACACUAGCCGCGAAGUAGCGAAGUUGGAUGAAACCCCAUCACAACGCAGAGAAUCUGGAACUCAGAAUGCGAAAAACCCAAAAACUCCCGCCAAAAAAGAGUUCUGCUCUUUCUGGAUUCGUCGGGGGGAGUGUGACUAUUCGCAGCAGGGAUGUCUUUUCAAACACGAAAUGCCUAGAGAUCUCGAGACCCUAGGGCGCCUGGGGCUUCGCGAUAUUCCCCGCUGGUAUCGCGAGAAGUAUAAAGUUAAAAGCAUCAGUGGCUCUGAUGGGAUGGAUCCACGCAUGGACGCUAGUCGUGGUUGGAGACCGGUUGGGCCGAUGCCAACGUUCCCACCCCCCAAUUACGGUUUACCUCCUCCAAGAUUCAAUGUAGGGCAAAGCUGA